AUGACACCCUACAUCGGAGACACGGCGGAUCCCUCGUCCGAACCGGUCAAGCAUGGCGACUGGCGGGACGAAUUCGACGCCAAAGGUUAUGUUGUACUUAAGAAUGUUGUGCCCAAAGAACGGGCGCUCUACUAUCGCCAGAAGAUGCUGGAUUGGCUUGGAUCUUUUGAUAACGGCUUCAAUAUCAAUGAUAGGAGCACUUGGACCGAGGAGAACCUGCCGUGGAGCUUUAAAAAUGGCAUGUAUCUCAACUAUUGCGCCGCGCACGAAAAGUAUGUUUGGGACGCAAAGCAAGAGCCGGGUGUCUUGGAUGCCUUUGCCAAAAUUUGGGGUACGGACGAGUUGAUCGCAUCCUACGAUACCGUCAACAUUACUCUUCCUAAUGCCGCAGAGAUGGGCGGCACAAAGCCAUGGCCACAUGUUGAUCAAGCGCCUGAGAGAAAUGGAAUGCACUGCGUCCAAGGCUUUAUCAACUGUCCAGAACAGGGCAGGAACUCGAAGAUGCUAACUCAUGUGCGUCUCGCAGUGUCUGAGGCUGGACCAAAGGACGGUGGCCUGGUUGUUAUGGAGGGCAGUGCCCCGUUGUUCGAAAAGUUCUUCAAAGAAUUUCCGCCAGACAGGACCAAAGGUCCACUCGCCGCCCUCCACUAUGACUUUUACCCUUUUCAAGAUGAAGAGCUUAAGUGGUAUGAGGCACGGGGAUGCAAGAUUGUCAAGGUCUGCGCCGAGCCGGGCGACCUGGUCCUGUGGGAUUCCCGACAGAUGCACUACGCUGUCUAUCCUGAAACCGACCUUAUCCGCACCGUCAUUUACACCUGCUAUACGCCUGCAGCUUGGAUAUCGCCAGAAGACCUGGAGAAAAAGAAAGAAAUUUUCCAUAAGUGGGAAGCUACCACACAUUGGCCACAUAUCAACAUUCAUUCGCAUGGAAAGCAUAUGAUUGAUGAAGGCUAUUACAUCCGUGGAUAUCGGGUUAUAAGGAAAUACGUAAGUGACUGUAAAAUGAACGGAUCGCUUUAUUUCCUCCGCUCCGGCUUGACGCUCACAGGGAGUCCUCGCCUUCCGAUAGGUCACCACACUGGUAUUAUUAUUGGCCUUGGUUACCCAAAAUACUCGAAAUCGACACGACCAGCCAUGGAGGCGAAAAGCACCUCGGAAGUUCAGAUUGAAGAUGUUGAGACUUUCAACAACAAGGUCUACAACCAGGUCGUUGGCAGCACCAAGCUCAUCAAUGACUCUGAAGUGGUCCUCGUACCUACUCCAUCAAAUGAUCCCAACGGGAAGGGCUUUGACUACCCUUUGAACCUGCCGGUAUGGCAAAAGUAUGUCAUUCUAUUUAUCGUUGGCGCCUUUGCGGCGACAGGAAACCUGAUGACCAGUGGUAUGAGUGCAUUUCUACCCGCGGUUAGAGCCUCGUACAAUGGCGACCCCAAAACGAACGACCUCAUUACUUGGCCGGCGUUUUUCAUGGGCAUUGGGAAUCUCAUCGCAAUACCCCUGUCCUACGCCAUCGGGCGAAGACCUAUAUACUUGUUUUCGUCCAUUCUGCUGGCUUUUGGCUGCCUGUGGUGUGCGAAGAGUGAAAGCCUCGAGUCGCACAUAGCAGGUCGAGAUCUUAUGUCCAUCGCUGCCGGCACUUGCGAAGCACUUUGCCCCAUCAUUGUCCAAGAGAUUUUCUUUCUACAUGAGCGGGGCAGAGCUAUUGCGGCGUUCAGUGCACUACAGACUGUUGGAACCGCUGCCUUGAUCAUCGCGAGUCCGUAUAUUGCAUCUGAUUCCCACCUUGGGUGGAGGUGGUGGUACGGUAUUUUUGGAUGCGUCAGCGGAGCAGUGGCUCUUCUCAGCAUCAUAUUUGUCAAAGAGACCAAGUACACCCGAUCCAUGGAAGCCCUAAACGGUGAGGGGAUCAAAUUGGAGGGCGUUCUGGUUCCGGUGACAACACAUAUGGCACCCUGGUCGGGCAACGCGGAGUGGUCACUCACUAUUGACUGUUGCAAACAGAUGUGCCAGGUCGUCCUCUUUCCGAACGUCCUUUGGCUUAUCUUGUUAAAUUCUGCUGGUCUUGGUAUAUAUGUCCUCAUGUCGGCGCUCUUUGCAGGAGUGCUCGUGAAGCCGCCGUUUCUGUGGGGAUUCAACACGCUUGGCUAUGUCUUUGCGGGUCAGAUCGUCACCGCGGUAGCUGUGCCUAUUGUCUGCGGGUACUUCAGUGAUCAGAUUACAAAAUUGCUAAGUAAGAGAAACAACGGCGUCAGUGAGCCGGAAUACCGUCUUCUUGCGGUCAUUCUUCCCACGGUUGCAAUCUUACUCUCUACCAUAAUUUACGGCAAAACCGCUGAACACCCCCAGUACUGGACCUGGGCGGGCAUUGCGGUCACCUUGAAUUUCGAGUACUUUGGCUUCGUGGGCAUUGUUGUUUCUUCCUUUGUCUACUGCAUGGAUGCAUAUCCCCAACGCGUCGAUGCUACUCUUGUGUUGAUUUGCUCGUGCCGUGGAUUUAUCGGGUUUGGUAUUUCCUACGGGGCUAUUGCAUUCGUGCAUAAAACGGGAUAUGAAGGAGCCUUCAACAUUUGUGCGGGGAUUAUGGCUGCGCUGAUGGUUAUCGGUAUCUUCAUCUACAUCUUUGGCAGACAGAUUCGGAGGAGGACCCAAAAGUUUGCAGGAGGUACCUGA